AUGAAGAAUUUCGGUGAAACAUUGCUGGUUUUGGUGACGCUUCAUUGUGGCAUUGGCUUGGUCUUAGGUGACUGGCCAUCGUCGUCGUCUUUGUCGUCGGAGGAGAUCAAACCCGAGUCGGUCGUCUUCUCCUCCACGGAGGAUCGCGGCUUCUUUCAGCAGCUGCUGCAGAACAUGCAACAAUAUCAGCAUCAGCAGAGCAACGGGGGCGCCGCCGCCGACAGCAGUCGAAUCGUGGGCGGCCACGAGGCCAGCCGGGGCGAGUUCCCGCACCAGGUCUCGCUGCAGAUCGGCUCGCGUCACGUCUGCGGCGGCUCGAUCAUCAACGAGCGCUGGAUCCUCACGGCGGCCCACUGCACCAACGGCGAGGAGCCCGACGACAUGACCGUGGUCGCAGGCAAGCACAACAUCAGGACGCGCGAGCCCACCGAGCAGCGAGUCCGAGUCGCGGAUUAUCGGGUGCACGCAGCCUACGAGGGUCCCGUGACGCCCUACGACAUCGCCCUGCUCAAGCUGGCCAGGCCGCUGAAGCUGGACGGACGCUACGUGGACAGGAUCGACCUGCCGGCGCCCUACAGCGAGCCCGACUCCGACGCGGCGGUGCUCUCGGGCUGGGGCUCGAUCUCCCGGGGUAUGCGCCGACUGAUGCCGAGCACCCUGCGGAAGGUCGCGCUGCCGAUCGUCGAUCUGCGCACCUGCGCCGACAUGUUCGCCUCCGCCGAUCCGGACUCGGACUUCAAGCUGGCCGAGAGCAAUCUGUGCACGGGGCCGGGCUUCAGACGCGCCUCGUCCUGCAACGGCGACUCGGGCGGACCGCUGGUGGCCAACGGCGAGGUCAUCGGCAUCACGUCCUGGGGCUCGGUGCCCUGCGACGGCGGCUCGCCCGUGGCCUACACGAAGGUCUCCUACUUCGUCGAUUGGAUAAGCGACGUCAUGGGCGACGUCGACGAUUGA